AUGGCGGGUGGGGGUGGCAAGAGGGCGCAUGUUGCAUAUUUAGUCGCGUUCGCGUCCUUUCCCGGUGAUCAUCGGCGAGAGGAGUUCGAAACUACUACUGCUGAGCGCGGAGUUGCAUUCGGACUCACACCAAAAUUCGAAGGGCAGAUGGAGAACAUUACGACCCCUGCCGGUCGAGAUGUGACACUGAACUGUCGCAUCCACUACUUGGGCGGCCAUCGGGUCGGUUGGGUGAAGAAGGACACGCGAGCCUUGCAGGCCGUUUCGCUGGACAUCAUCACCUCGAACCCGCGGGUUUGGGUGUCCCACUUGGAUGUGCUCACCUGGAGCCUGCACAUCAAGAACGUCCAGAAGGAGGACAGUGGCCGCUACAUGUGCCAGAUCAACACGAACCCGAUGAUGGUACAGGAAGCCUAUCUCAAUAUUUUACUGCCACCAGAUUUCAUUGCGGAAAAUACCUCGUCGGACGUGAUUGUACCGGAGGAGAGCACGGCCCAACUCACCUGCAAGGCAAAGGGGGACCCAGAUCCGACCAUCACAUGGCGACGUGAAGAUACCAGCGACAUCAUUCUGAGGGAAACCGGCGGCAUGAAAUAUUCAGCGCGAGCGUAUGUGGGAGACGUGCUGACAUUGCCGAAAGUCACACGCCAAGACAUGGGCAUGUAUCUAUGCAUCGCCACCAACGGCGUUCCGCCAUCGAUUUCGAAGAGGAUUUUGCUGGCCACAACUUUCGCGCCGACAAUAAAGGUGCCGAACCAGUUGAUCGGAGCUCCUCGUUGGUCGAAUGUCAGCAUAGAAUGUCUGGUCGAGGCGUACCCUCGCUCGAUCAAUGUCUGGGUAAAAGAUACAGGUAAGAUGCUCGUGGAAUCACCGAAGUACGCUGUGCAGGAGAUCGCACAGUCGAUGUACGUAAUGAAAAUGGUGCUGACGGUGCGCGACUUUCAGAAGGACGAUGUCGGAACAUACAUAUGUCUUGCGAAGAGUUCGCGCGGUGAAACUGAGGAGAUCAUUCGGCUGUACGAAAUACCUGGACCAAAGCGGAAGCUGUCUCCACCCAGAUACGAUCAGAACGAGAUCACGGCCAGCAGAGACGGUGGAUCACAUCCUGCCGACAAAGGCGAGAGGGUCAUCGAUGAUAACGACGAGCAGCAGCAGCAUCAGCAUAAAGGCAAUUCAGUCGAGGAUGUGAUCGACGCAGGCAAAGAUGCGAUCCAUCAUGAUCUUUCCGUCGACCACCCGAAAAGCGUGGUGGCAGGCGGCGGUGGUGGUGGUGGUGGUGGCGGCGGAGCGGCGGGCAAACCUCAUCUCCCCACGACGGUGCGCAAUGCGCCGGAUGGGUUGGGCCAUGAAAACACCGUCAACCCGUCGCGCCAUGACACCAUUUCAUCAGCGUCCACCAUGUUCAUGGAGUUCCUAUACAUCACGCUGCUGAGCCACAUCAUUCUGCUGCUAAUGGUUUUGUUUUGGUGA